AUGCGCUUCCCAGCAUUCCUCUUCUUGACGGGUUCAUUACUAAGAAGCUUCGGCUCGUGCGAUACUGAAUUUCUCAAUCCGCCAGAUUGGAGUGACGAUGAGCGCAAUCGUGACAACCUUGACAAGAACAGGCGCUAUGUCGUUGGCGAAACAAUACCGCUGGAAUGGGAGACGGACCGUAGCAGUGAAGAUAUUGCUCUGAAUUUAGGCCAAAACCUCUAUUCAUCAUUCAGGUUUGCCCCGUUGAACAAGGCCGACACGAGCUGGGAAGCCAAGUACUACACGUGGGAGGGAAUGAAAAAAGAUGAAGACGCCGUAUACUACUUCGUAUUAUUCGACCCUGACACGGAAGAUCGUCUUGCCUAUUCUCUCUACUUCAACGUCACCGCCCCCCAAAAAGACAGUACAAAAACCAUCACCGCCCCUGGAAGCACCGUCACUAUUUCCCAAGGUCCAUCCAUGAAACCCGAAGCAACAUUCACAACGAUCCACAGCACACCAGAAGUAACAAAGCCAGCGAGCAAUCAAGACGAAAGCAACACCAAAUCUGGAAUGUCUCAAGGGGAAGUGGCAGGCGCAGCGGUCGGUGGUGUCGUCGGUGGCCUUCUCAUCUUCGGGGUUAUUGGCUGGGUGCUAUGGAGGAGGAGGAUGGGAAGUAAGACCAAAGCAGCUGCAACCCAAUAUCAGGAACAGGCCGUUGGGACAAAAGCUGAGUUACCCGGGGACGAUAAGGCUCAUCCUUCUGAGUACGCAAGAAGUCCGACAGGGAUUUACGAGGCACCCUGA